GUGUGCGUGCCCCGCCCACUUCGUAGCCCGGAUGAGGAGUAUCGCCAUUACCGCGGAGCCGCCGUAAGAGCCUGUGGAGGCUAGGAAGCCUGCUGGCCGCACCAUGAGAUUCCUCUCCCGGUUGAUCCUGAUCGUGCUGCUCGUCUUCCCCACCGCGCUACUGCUUGGGGGCGGCCCCGGAGGGUCAGUAGCUGUGGCCCAAGAUGCUACAGAGGAUGAAGAAGCACUAGAAGAUACAAUAAUUGAAGAUGAAGAUGAUGAAGCAGAAAUAGAAGAAGAUGAACCCACAGAUUUGGCAGAAGAAAAAGAAGAGGACCUCUCUGGUGAACCUGAAGCCUCACCAAGUGCAGACACAACUAUCUUAUUUGUAAAAGGAGAAGAUUUCCCAGCAAAUAACAUUGUGAAGUUCCUGGUAGGCUUUACAAACAAGGGUACAGAAGACUUUAUUGUUGAAUCUCUAGAUGCCUCAUUCCGCUAUCCUCAGGAUUACCAGUUUUAUAUCCAGAAUUUCACCGCUCUUCCCCUGAACACCGUAGUGCCACCCCAGAGGCAGGCAACAUUUGAGUACUCUUUCAUCCCUGCAGAGCCCAUGGGUGGACGUCCGUUUGGUCUAGUCAUCAAUCUGAACUACAAAGAUUUAAAUGGCAAUGUAUUCCAAGAUGCUGUCUUCAAUCAAACAGUUACAAUUAUUGAAAGAGAAGAUGGGCUGGAUGGAGAAACAAUCUUUAUGUAUAUGUUCCUUGCUGGACUUGGGCUACUAGUCGUUGUUGGGCUUCAUCAGCUUCUAGAAUCUAGGAAGAGAAAAAGACCAGCCCAGAAAGUAGAAAUGGGUACAUCGAACCAAAAUGAUGUUGAUAUGAGUUGGAUUCCCCAAGAGACUUUGAAUCAAAUCAAUAAAGCUUCUCCAAGGAGGUUGCCCCGGAAACGGGCACAGAAGAGAUCGGUGGGAUCUGAUGAAAUGAACAAAAUGUCCCCAGGGCCGCCUCUCCGAGUUGCCAAAAACAGGAAGAGCAAAACAAAACUGGUGACCUCAGAAGAUAAGAAUGACUCCAGGAACCAUCCUGUUCUAUAGCAAAGACUCACAAGGAAGAGAUGCACUGAUGUAAUCAGACCUUUCUUGCAACUGUACCACCUUAAGGGAUCCAGGUGUGAGGGCAAUUCUCUCCAGGUGAACUUGCUACAAGUAGAGAUACAGAACAGUGGUUGGGGUGACCAGAGGACAGAAUAUGCUUUUCUCCUCUGCUCUGCUAUUCCAUGAACUUACUACAAUAGUACCAACAUGCUGAACUGGAUCACCAUCUAGGAUGAUCAUCCCUAGGGAAUUCCUCUGUAAUUCACAGUCUGUGGUUUAUGAAGAAUAAUCGUACCUCGUUUACAAAUGGAGGUGUCUCGAUGACACACUUCACCUCGUCAGCCAGCAAGCAGGGUGGUGGUUACUAUCAGAUAUUACUUUAUGGUUUGUGUAACAUAACUUGUAGGUUCCCUAAGUCCUUUUGUUUCUUAACUCAGUUACAGCCCUCAGGGAGACAAAUGGCCCCUUACCAAGUAAGCUGGCCCAUUCAUAUUGGUAGUUGCAACAUGAACCUUAGCAAGAAACCAGUUCCAUCCUGAGAAAUAUUCAAGAGCUUAUGUCUUAGGAGGUUGGUCAAUUUAAACAGUAACUUAUGUGGAAAAAGAAAUGUAAGACCUAAGUUGAGUAAUGUUUCAUGCAAUGCACAUUAUGAUAUGCUGUCAAAAUAAUAGUGGGUGGCUUCAAGCUUGGGUUUUUACCUUACGACUCUUCUCCUGAGGUUCAGUGUUGGUAUGCUGCCAUUCUGAAAGGGCUCUUUGCUGUUCUCUAGCUAAAAUUGCUGCAUAUAGAGAUAGAGAACAGUGAAUGGGAGGACCAGAGGACAGAAUCCCCUUUUCUCCUCCGAUCUGCUUUUAAAUGAACACCCUCGAUAGCGUCUAGCCACCCUAAGGAAUAUGCCACGCACAGGUUAUCCUGAGAUCCUAAGGGACAAACAGGAUUUAGAUUUGACCGUUACCAUCCUUGUCCACCUCCUCCAAGACUCCAACGGACUUGCCAGCUCCUUCAAGCUCUCCAUUGAUGGAGAUCACAAUCCAUCCAUGCCUGCCCAUCCUAUGCAACACCUGUCUAUGUCCUACUGAAAAUCUGCCACAGCCAAGUCCACCUGACCUAGUAAGAGCUUUCCUCGAACUCUUGUCACUGAGAGGAUACUAGUCAAGUACGUGGGCUCUCCAAAGGUUAUCCCCUGCUCUCUCCACAUGACUUUUUAAAUAAUUCUCUGAUGACGUCCUCUGUGCCCCUUCCCCUUUACAUCCUGACUGGCUCAUGUAGAGUGAAGGGGGGUAUUCAGUGUUACGUUGUUUAUCUUUGGCUAAUUUAAAGGGGGAAAGGCCUGGUAAGUCUCCACUAUUCUGCCAGAAUUCAUUUACGUGGGCUAAAAUUUCCACUAAAGCAAGCUAGGUAGAACACUGUGAAUAUGGGCCAUUUGUCAGAGUUCUUAGUGACAGUGAGCUACUGCUGUUCCUCCUCCUGAGCAAAAGAAAAAAAGAAAAAACAACAGGUUUCCCCACAGGCCAUUUGGUAAAAUGCCAAAAUCUCUUGAGAUCAGUACAAUCAUGCCAGCAUCUUAGGCACAAAGUCACUACUUGUAUCUGAAAGGUUAAGAGACUAUAGGAUCUAAUAACAUUAAUUUUAUACCUUCAUAAACCUUGUCUCUUUUAAAUGGGAGAAAAUGAGCUGUGUUUCUGGUCAAAAACUUUUAUUUCACAACUAUAUGAUACACAUUAAAUGUUGCCUAUUGCCACUUUAUCUUCUAAAUCUUUUUUUUUCCAUUUCAACAAUAUCUAAAAAAGAAAAAAGCUGAUCUUUUUGUUAUACUUUGUCCCAUUGCCCACACCACCUUAUUACUGUCCCAUAUGUUAUAGAUCUUCAUCCUCAGAAAUCACUUCAAAAUAAAGUUGAUAUUAUAACUUUUUGACCAUUCUGUG